GGUGCGGCGAGCCGGUGGGGAUACCGCGAGGCGAGCGCGGGAUCCUGGGCGGCUAGCAGGGUGUGAGCUGUCCGAAAAUGCACUCGGAUGCUGCCGCUGUCAACUUUCAGCUGAAUUCUCAUCUCUCAACACUGGCAAAUAUUCAUAAGAUCUACCACACCCUUAAUAAGCUAAAUCUAACAGAAGACGUUGGCCAAGACGAUCACCAAACAGGAAGCCUGCGGUCUUGUAGUUCUUCGGACUGCUUCAGUAAAGUGAUGCCACCAAGGAAAAAGAGAAGACCUGCCUCUGGAGAUGACUUAUCUGCCAAGAAAAGUAGACAUGAUAGCAUGUACAGAAAAUAUGAUUCAACUAGAAUAAAGACUGAGGAAGAAGCUUUUUCAAGUAAGAGGUGCUUAGAGUGGUUCUAUGAAUAUGCAGGUACUGAUGAUGUUGUAGGUCCUGAAGGCAUGGAGAAAUUUUGUGAAGACAUUGGUGUUGAACCAGAAAACGUAGUUAUGCUUGUCCUAGCUUGGAAAUUGGAUGCACAAAAUAUGGGUUAUUUUACUCUGCAGGAAUGGUUAAAAGGAAUGACUUCUCUACAAUGUGAUACAACAGAAAAACUCAGAAAUACUUUGGAUUACUUAAGAUCAUUAUUAAAUGAUUCUACAAACUUUAAACUUAUUUACAGAUAUGCGUUUGACUUUGCACGGGAAAAGGACCAGCGCAGCCUAGACAUAAACACUGCCAAGUGCAUGUUGGGACUGUUAUUAGGAAAAAUCUGGCCCCUUUUUCCAGUUUUUCACCAGUUCUUAGAGCAAUCAAAAUACAAAGUUAUUAACAAAGACCAGUGGUGCAAUGUGCUAGAGUUUAGCAGGACAAUUAACCUUGACCUCAGCAACUACGACGAAGAUGGCGCAUGGCCAGUUUUGUUGGACGAGUUUGUGGAGUGGUAUAAAGACAAGCAGAUGUCCUAGGACUUGACGCAUAGCAGCUCGAGAGUCGCUGUUACCACAGUUCUGUCAGCCAUUAGCCAUAAAUUGCUGUUCGUAUCAAAGCGCAUGCUGCUUUUCUUGCACUGUCUCCCUUUUGCAGGGACGUUUUUGGUGUUUGCUAUUGAAUGGCCAGCUCUGCCUGCUGAGUAGCAUUGUUCUCUUGGAAGGCUGCUUUUGCAGUUUGUAUUUACACUACAGAUUGGUGAAUUUGCCAACGUCCUCACUGUGAUUAUGUGUAUAUUGCUGUUUAAAUUUUGUAUAUGUGUAUAAAAAGAAAAAGCUUCACCUAGAGAUUAUUUCUGCAAAAAUGUAUUGUAAAAAUAAUUUUUGUGGCAUAUUUCUAGUCCCUUUUUUCAGAUGAACCAAUUAUACUUUAUUUGGUCUCAAAUGUAGCAUUUCAGAAAACAAGACAGAAGAAUUUUACCAUAAGUAAAUGUUGCCAGAAUUCACCUUAUUGUUCAAGAGGCCAACUUUUGGAAGGAGGUGGGAGUUACUACUUUGCAGAGGCAUAUGCCAAAUAUAAUUUGGUUUACCUGAAUAUUAGCAUUUUUAAAUGAUGAGACUUACAAUUAUUUGAACAUAGAGACAUGUACCAUGUCACCGAUCAUUUCCACCAUGCAAGGUUUAGGUUUUUAUUUUCUAAUGUUAAGAAGCUGUAGUGAUUUGAAUAUAGGUACAAAUGAACAAAUUAAAAUUGCACCUUUUUUUAAUAGAACGGUUAUAAACUUAUACUUUCUUCAGUGGUUUUCCUUUGUCUUUUGCUUUCUUCUCGUUAGUGUUUGGCCUGCUGAUGCCUCUGUGCCAUUCUCAGUAAAGUUAGUUUUGCCUCCUCCAUGGAAACCCGAUGGUUUGCUGGCGUUUUCUAAUUGCAGAGCAGUGUUUAGUUGUGGCUUGGAUUUUUAGUUAAACUUUCAUGGUGUCGAAUUUUCUAGUUUUUUGGAAAAAGAGCUCUAUUGUAAGUGAGGUGUUUUGUUUCGUUUUCUUUCCUUGUUCCUUUCAUGCUAGGCUUUUCCUGGCAGAAUGUCCAUUGCAGGCAGUGGACACGCACCACCAGCAUUGCGCUCACUCUGUUACGGUAGGACCGUCCCCGGAGAGGCCGCUCCUCGGACCCGAGUCACGUGUGCAGGAAGGUGAUAGCAUUAUUUAUGUGGGUGAGGAAGCGAGUAAAUAGGAUGGAUUUUUAGGUUUGUAUUUUGUCUUUUUUCCCUCCCUUGCCUUACCCUUUUUUAGGAAAUGUAUAGAUAACAUGUUCCCCCCUCAACUAUCUGGUGCUAUUGAAUGACUAAUUUAGUCCCUAAAGUUUUGUGAAAAUACAGAAGUCUAAUAAUUUAAACCAAGUAAAACGCUAAUGGUGCAUUUGAACCAGUGAACGCUCCCGUUGUGAGCAAGAUUCAUGAUUGAACAUGUAACUAUUGAAAGGGGUUUGGAUUAUUUCAAAGUCUGGCUGAAAUCUUUUGGAUUAAAUGUGAAACCUUUAAAUGGCAUUCAGUGAGAGAAGCACACAGACAGUGCUACUCUUGACCACGAUUUCACAAUUUCUUUGCAAACAGUGUUCAGAUUUUCAUAUUUUUUUCUCUAACUGAACCACCAAAGACAGACAUUUUGUAUGUAAAUACAGCAUGUGCGCAUAUACAAAAUCAUGAUCUGGUAGAAUUGCUUCCUUUCUUUACCAAGUAGAAAGGCUUGGUUUGCUGUGAAAUAAACCAGAAGUUUGGAAAACUCUAGUAAUUAAGCAUACUUAAUCAUUCCUUGUUUAGGAAUUGUAGGCUCACUUCUGCCUUUUAAAUUCAUACCAGUUUGCGCAAAUUAGUACCUGAGAAGAAUAGGAGAUGUUGGUGGCAAGCACAGCCCUUGAGACCAACGUGUUGAAAGAGGCUCCUUUCAGUGGCGAUUGGCCACAGGUUCAGGUCCGUGGAGAACAACUUUUUUAGAGGCAUUCCGUGAGGUUUUUAAAAAAAUCAUAUUGUGAGGUCAACAGUUCUUAAAUUUGGUCAACUAUAAAUCAGAAAUGAACAUAUAAAUAGAAAUCAUAGAUGAGUAUUUUUAAAGUUAUUGUUAGAGACUGGAGACUUUAAAACACUAAGCACAGUUAAUUCUAAAAUACAGGACUUUCACAGGGGAGAUGUUACAUUUCAUCCACAGCUAACUUUUGAUGAUGGGGGAAACCCAAGUUAGAAAUUGUUUUAUAAUGUAUAUACGAAAGUGUUCUAAAAAGAUAAUCUUGCGUAUGUAGACAACUGCAAAUCUUUAAACUCUUUAAACUUUGAAAAAGAAACCUCUCUGGCUGCAGAGUGCCUGCUCUUGGUUUCCUUGAUUUUAUAGAGUUAUUUUUAAGAGAAGGAGAAGGGGUUGGACAGUAUAAUAUACCUUUUCUAAAAGUGUCCCUAAGUUACAUGAAAUUGAGCAGCCGUCAAGCACUUGCUUCCUGGCCAAUGUUAAAGAAAUGAGGGUGCCUUCUUCUGGUUUCUCCUUACUGCCCAGGUCUCCAUCCCUCCCUCUCCAUGCUUGAGCUCCACGCGGCAGGGCUCUGUUGUAACUACAACUCGAUGCUUCCGCUGCAGUAGGUCAGAAACCUCACGAUUUGAUUUGCAGCAACAUGCACUGUAAUGUUACACGCAGCUUUUUUGAAGCAUGAACUCUGAAUUAAGUUUUUUAUAAAUCUGACUAGACAGAGCUUCUGAUUUCGCAACAGGUUUCUGUUGACUCAGUCUCCAUUUUAACAGUGCUUUCGAAGUUUAUACGGAAAGCUUUAAAAGUUCCUGCCCUUGGUUUUUAUUCUUACAACUGCUAAAAUACCUCUGUAAGCCUUAUCUUUCAUUCUUUCAUGUGUUACGUUGUAUGAUAAAUGUAUAGAAUUCAUUGACCAACUAAAAUAGUUGGGCAUCUGUAAAUGAGACCAAAACAUGGGUUGCUUUUUUUCAUAAAAUAAUUUCUCCUGGGGGUUACUGUUACGGGAACAGCAGCGAACCUGUAACUGUGAGUGCUUCGUGUCGUCAGAGUCUGCAUUACAUCCAUAAACGUGUGCAAGUCCCGUGACUCCCAGCUUAACUCACAUACUGUUAUGCCACCUGACUGGAGUACAGCAAACUGGCUUUAGGUUUUAAUGGAAUUGAUGUAAAAAUGAUAUCCCAUAAAUAAAAAGUAUUUGUGUUUGGUUUCA